UUAGAUACCUCUGCAGCCCUACCGCAAAUUCUUGUCGCAUCCCUAAUGCACAUGUAUUUUGGAAAAAUAGCAGAGUUUUGAUAGGAAUAACGAUAUAAUAAUGGUGAAAGGAAAAAAGCCUUAUAUUGACCGCAAGAAAGCAGUAACAUUUCAUUUGGUUCAUCGCAGUCAACAUGAUCCACUGGUUACAGAUGAAACUGCGCCACAACGAGUGCUACUUGAGGCAAGCGAUAGGCAGGCCUCGGCCAAGCAACAAAAUGAAAUAGGAGUGGAUCCAGCUAAACGCCAAGAAGAGCAAAAGAAGUUUGGAAUACACUUUGAUGACAACUACGAUUAUCUGCAACAUUUAAAGAAACGCGAAAAUAAGAUUGUUUGGGAAUACAUGGAGAACCCAAACCAAGCUAAAAACGAAAAUGUUGGUUCGGUCAAGAACCAAAAUCGGUUGCAACUACCUAGCUCCGUGUUUGCCAGCGAAUUCGAAGAGAAUGAGGGCAUGUUGAACAAAGCAGCCUUGCAGCCAGGACCGCGUCCAGAUUGGGACCCUGAAGUUAUUGCUGCACUCGAUAGCGAUUUUGAGGACAAGGAAGACCUUGAGGACGACUUUGUAACGCAAGCGAUGGGCAGUAAUAGUGAUGAAGAAAUCGGUUGGGAGGACCAUGAUGGUGAAGAAGAUAUGGAAUUCGGUUCAGAUAAUUUGAAGGACGAGGAAAAUGUCGAUGAGUUUAUGGAUCGCCUCGGACCGCUAAUGAGACAGCGCCGUUUUGAUGACGAAGAAGUGAAGUCGCGCUUUACCGAAUAUUCAAUGUCAUCCAGCGUUAUUAGACGCAAUGAGCAACUUUCCCUGCUGGACGAUCGUUUUGAGGAAUUCUUUAAAACCUACGACGAUCCCGAGCUAGGGGAUCUUGCUUUGGAUGACAUAGAAGGAAAUUGGCAACAAAAGCAUCCGGUUGUUAUGCAAUGCUUUCAGGAAUUCAAAAAGAAAAAAAAUAAUAUGGCGUAUAAGAAAGAAUGGGACCGAGAGCGCAUUAAGAAAUACUUAAAUAUUGUAGAAGGCGAAGAGGAUCCGUCAGAUGACCUCGUCAAUUAUGAAGUGGAAGAAUCCAAAGACAGAAAAUGGGAUUGUGAAUCAAUAUUGUCCACUUACUCUAAUAUUUAUAACCAUCCUAAAUUGAUCGAUGAACCUCGUUCACAGCGCAUAGCAAAAACAAUACAAAUUAACUUCAAAACAGGACUGCCAAAAAAUGUGCUUCGAGUAGGAAUUAAUUCACAGCUCACAGUCAAGACGCUAGCCAACCUCGAUGACGGAUCGUCAAUUAAAAUUGGUCCAGAAUCCUUAUGUUGUAAGUCAGUACUUUCAACGCUUAGUGUUCUUUCAAUACGUCCCAAGGAUGAAACACCUGAAGAGAAACGCGAGAGAAAGCGUUUACUGAAAGAUUACAGAAGUGAGCGCCGCAUCGAAAAAAAGGGCAAUGCAGAGUCAUUUAAGGAGGAAAAGAAGCGACUGACGCAUGUUAAAAUCAAUCAACGUUGCAAUCAACAGGGAUCUUCUAUUGUGUAGGCAAUAUUAUUAUAUAUGAUUAAAAAUAUUACACUAAUUCCAUUUGUCCAAGGAAUGGUUUGCCUUCAAUUAAUAAAACACAUUGAACACA